AAAUCCAGGCGUCACAUGACUUGCAUAUGCCCCAAUUGGAGUAAAUCCCGAUGUUACGUAGGUCCCAACUGGGCAGCGCGGCAGUCGGCCUGCAGAAAGUGUGCGCAGGGGAAGUACGCUCGGAGUCCAACACGUCAUUCAUAUGGGCAAAAACUAAUGGAGCAGGAACGCAUUAUGCAAAGGAUCCAGAAGGAUGUUCGGGCUUUACUCAUUGCUUCUAAAAAUGGGCUGUCCAUUCACGAACUGGAGCAGGAUUACCGAAUGAUGAUUGGUUCACACAUUCCAAUAAGGUCUUUGGGCUAUAAAUCAACAAUGGAAUUACUUUUGGAUAUGCCAAGUGUGGUAAAAAUACAUACACAACUGGAUGGUACAGUAAAACUGUCUGCUGUAGUUGAUGAAACUACAAGGAGGAUUGCUGAUUUGGUUUCUUGUCAAAAAGAUCGGUGUACUGCUAGAACCCGAAACAGACGACGUAAUAUCAGACCUAGAUGUCCAGUCGAUCUGGUGAGACGUGGAAGAGUUUCCCCUGUGCUACCUGCAACAGUAAAAAGUGAUCUCAGAGACUUGCUGUCUGUCUCUCCUCUACUACUUUCUGAGCUGGAAAAGGCUUUUUCCUCUCGUUUUGGCCGUAGCUUUCAAUACACUCGAUAUGGCUUUUAUUCCAUGCUUGAAGUUCUUAGAUCUAUCACCGAUAUUGUAGAAGUGAAACAAACCAGAGCUGGAUCUUUGCUAGUGCUCCGGAAUUCUGAGACUGGACGCAUAUCAGCUAGUUUGUGUGUAAAACAGAGUCAACUGGCAAUUGAUCCCAAGAAGACCUCUUGUGUUUUGGAACAAUGUUUAAAAGAACCACGAACGCCUGAAAAAAAAACAUCUGAGACAGUUACAUAUUUGAAAGUUUCUCCUCCAGAACCCCAAAAACUCAGUUCCAAAGAAUCACCAAGUGUAACAAGGAGCACAUCUCCUCUAAUUAACUCAAGUAAUAAGGAGCAGAGGUUAAAACUUAAUGUUUUGUUGGAUGAAUCACUAAAGUCAAAUGAAAAUAAAGCUCCACCUGUGACAAAUUUCACUUCAGCAGUUCCAUCACAUAAUUCUGUUCUGAGCAAUAGUUUGGUGGGAAAUUCUGUAUCUUCAGAAACCCUGUUUACUAAAAUGUCAAGACCAACUUCACAUGUAGAAGCAGAUCAUUCAGCUGCAUCAGAGCCUGAUGCCAGUGUUCUAGAGUGGCUGGAAAAAAAGUUGGAAAAAGAGCUAAAGCUUUGCCUGGCACGGAAGGGAGCUGGUGGAAGUGUCAGCGAUGCUCUCAGGAUGGAUAUACAACAUGUGGUAAACCAGCAUUCCGAUGGGCUUAAAAUUUCCCAACUUCCCACUGUGUUUAAGAGCUUUACAGGAAAGGACUUGCCUUUUAAGGAACUUGGAUUUAUUUCUGUAAUGGAGCUUGUUGGAUCGUUAGGUGACAUACUCUGUGUUGAAAGUACAGUUGAUGGAAAAGACUGGAAGCUGUUUGAUGCAAAAAAAAAAGACUUGGUAGAUGAGUUCAGUGCUGGAUUACCUUCCACCAGCAGCAUCUUGUCCAGCUGGAAUUCAUCUCAACAAACAACUACCCCUGUGAAGCCAGUUGGAACCAUCUUUUCUAAAGUAGAUGAAAAAUUGUGGUGGGGUCCUUUGGAACUGAAGCUGUGUUCUACUGAACAGAUUGACAUUCCCCCAGAUGCUGUGAGAAAUCAAAAAUUGCAUUGUUUACCUAGUAUGAAACGUGGCUUCAUGAUCGGGGUCUAUGUAGAGAACAUUGAAUCACCCAGCCAAUUCUAUGUACGCUGCUGUGGUAAAGAUACUUCUGAAAAGCUGGAGGACAUGAUGAUAGAAAUGAGACACUGCUAUUCCAACGAAUGUGUUUCAGAACGGUAUAUAGUGACUGAUAACUGUAUAUCAGUUGGUCAGAUCUAUGCUCUUAGGGUUCCUGGAGAUGUAUGGUGGUAUCGAGUUAUUGUGCAUGAUAUCAAGAACUCAGAGCUGCUUGAUGUCUUUUAUCCUGACUUUGGUAAUGUCGCCACUGUGAAAAAAAGUUGGCUUCGGUUCCUCAAGAAUUGUUAUAUGAAGAUUCCUGCCCAGGCAGUGCCAUCUUCUCUACCUUAUGUGACAUCAACUGAGGAUCAGUGGUCCGCUCAAGCAAUAAAAAAAUUCCAACAGCUGUGUUCCUGCAUUCCCCUAGUAGGGAUGGUGUUGCAGUAUGUCCAGGAUAUACUUCAUAUAUUUCUUUGUGACACGUCUUCUGAAGAAGACCUGUAUCUGCAUCAGCUACUGAUUUCUCAAGGCCUUGCAAAAAUGGAACCAGAGCAUGCAUGUAAAAAGAUAUCAAAAAAAAGAAACCCUUUUAUGCAAUAUCUGACACCAUCUCAAGAGCAACCACAGGAGGAAUCAUCACAGUUAUCAGUGCCGAGUGAAAGCAGCCAGUCUGAGAUUCCAUGUGCCAAAGAGGUUAAAGAUGAGGAUGACCUUGGGAUGCCUUAUUUAGAAGCAUUUCCCUCAGGCUCAGAUGUAUGGGAUGAAAACUGGGCAUUUUCUGAUGGUGCAUGUGACUAUGACACUGCUCCUACAAUUCCUAAAGUUGAUACACAAAAACAACAGGAGAACAAAGUCAGCCAAGAGACGCAGCCAUUUAAAUUUUGCAUAGAUUCUGCUGAUGCCAGUGUUGUUCAUCAUCCAUUGGAGGAAUUUUACAUCUCUUUAAUCAAGUCAAGAAAGUCACAAGAAAGUACUGACAUACAGCAGUCUCCCCCUACAGAGGAGCAGCAUGUGGCUGAGAUAUCACACAGAUCUGCAACAGAGCAGCUCCAAGGUGGUUCUUCAUCUAGUAUGCUAUGUGAAAAAAAGCUAUAUUAUGAAAAGGAGGACCUCCCUUAUUGCCAACAGUCAAAGUGCAGUUUCAGUCCACUUUUAGGAUUUCAGAGGCUUCAGAUUCCUAGAAGUGCAACACCUGUGGCUCUAGGACCUGCAGCUCGACUUGCUACUGCCGGCAGAUUGUUAUACUGGGCCAGUGAACCACGAUAGAUGUAGCUAUGACUACAUACAGCUCAUGCAAACCAUUGCAAGCCAAGGAGUUGAAAAUUAUCCUUUUUGUUACAGAAUGACAUAGUAUUUUUUUCUGACAAAUUUCCUGUAAGGGAUUAUAAUUUAGCCUCAGUUAGUAUUGUUAUGCCGUACAAAUUUCAGAGGCCAAGUGAAAGGUGAAGAAGUCGAACAGUAUUAAUAUCACCUCUUGUGUGUCAAGAUCUAUAUCCUGUGCAUUCUGAGAAAGCAUGAUGGUAUGAUUAUCCUUAUUCUGUGUAAACUUCUGUUCCCUGAAACUUUGUUAAAGGAAACAAUGUUCAAAGAAAAAGAAGUUGAUCUGUAUUUGGAAGAAGUUGGUUAAUUUAACUUUUCACCACUAGAUGGCGGUAGAUCACUUGGUUAUGUAAAAAGAUUGUGCGCUUAUGUUAAUAUUGUUUUGUUUUAUGUUUCUGUUUUAUACUGAAACAAUCUUGACAUAAAACUGUUCUCAGUAAUUAAUAAAUAAUUUGAAGCAAA